AUGUGUUAUUCCAAUUGUGAUGUUGUACAAAUAAAUGAGUGUAAUAAUGUACUUCCCACACAUAAAUAGGGAUUCUUACUCCGGCCGCAUCCCUUGCGACGACCCUGCAGCAGCCGGCAUGGUGCGUGCCGCGGGUUAUUGAGGAAGGACAGGAUAUGGGUGAGUUUUCGGCUUUUCCGACUGUUUUCCUUUCGCGUGUUGGUACUACUACGCUAUGAUGAACUCCAACAGAAGGUCGGUUACCCACCAGGAGCGAAACAGCAGUCCCCUCAGUCAGUGUUUGUUCGGCUCCGAAGACGUUUGCUUGACCUUCUCCAAAGCCGGUCCGCCGUGCGUCGUGUAGGUUAGUAUUUGGCCAUCAACAUCAUCAUCAGUUCGGGUACAGGGCAGGUACAUAGCGCCAGCCAGAGUUGACUUUGGUGACCGAGGGGAACCAUCGAUUUGACGACGCACGUUACUCGGUACUGUGUACAACAACAUUGUAAAAGUAAAAACUGCCGUGGGAAAAGAAGGACGAGGACGUCUCAAAGGAAACCGAUUUGAAUAACAAACGAAGAGGUGUUGGUGCUGCGGGUGGCCUCGGUUGCGUUUGGGGGUGGUGGCGGUUGUUGCUUGGUGACUUUGAGUGUAUUCUGAGUUUACUGCGAAAAGUGCGCAAAGGUUAAAGGUGACGGGAAAUGGAAACGAUGAUUCCUUGAGUGCAUUUGGGGGGUUUUGUUGUGGCUAUUACAUGCCUAACGGUACGCACGUGCCAGUUCGAUUGAAGUUCGAACACUGUGCCAAUAUCCACAGGAUUUCGUCAGUGAAAGGUGUUUAAUAUUGUUUCAUGCAAGAAUAUAUACUAUGCGAAGUGGAGUAAAGUCAGUUGCUGUAGUGCCUGCCGUUUUAUGACUUCUUUGUGGUCGAUAAAUGUGUGGUUAACCGAAAGUUGUUUCUGUGGGAGUUCCGUUGAAGAACGCAAAAAAAAAACAAACUUUCCGUACGAGUAGCGAAUGGAAUAUGUACAUAGCUAUAAUUUUCUCGAAGGCGAGGAAAACAUCUCCAAUAGUGAAGCCGAAACUGACCGUGUACGAAAGUGAACCCAUUACUCUGAGCGCGAGAGAAGAAAAAAAAACAACGGAAAAUAUACAUAAAGUGCGAAUAAACAGAAAGAAAAGAAAUGUGUUAGAAACAAAAAUUGAGAGCCGGUCGGAAAACAGCAACAAUCAACAGACGCUACCAAGCCGCCGCGCCGUGAAGAAAGGAAAAUGGUAUGAGAAAAUCAUAAACAUGAAAGUUUAAUCAGUCAGACUGGCUACGCCAAAGCCGUUGUGUUCCGUAUACGCAGCAGCACCACCAGCACCACAGAGGUAGAACAAGGAGUCGGGUGUGUAGGUUGAUGUACGUCCUUGUUCCGGUUAUUGUUUGUUCUUGUUGCUGAAGUGUGCGUCCGAUGUCCUGAUGAUCUACUGGCCGGCCGGUGGGUGGUGGUCAUGAAAAGUUUGGUGAUACGCUAGCAAGAAAUUUGUGGCGGGUGUAGAGUGUUGGUGUGUGUGUGUUGUACAAAAGUGGGUGGAGGUGAAAAUUUUUGCCGCCGGCAACAACAGAAAAUAGCCAAGAGCAUUUUGAUUGCUCUUGGUUAGUGCAUUUCGUUGUUUUUUUCAACGGGCUUACCAAUUUACUUCGACUAUAAAUCGUGGACGUGGGGUGUUAAAGUUUCUCGGAGAGAUGCUUUCAACAGAUUGUCGUAAAGAAUGGUAAUAGUGAGUGUGACGGUGACAAAGAAAAUUCGGUUUAUGUGCGUGUCCGGUGCUGUCCUGUAAUAACUAAUAUGGGAAAUGGAACUCGGAUGAAGUAAACAAUUCGGAGAUUUCACGACUUAUUGCUGAGCACCGAAGCAAACUACUAAUUUCUGCAUGUCAAAAGACCGAGCUCCAUAGUUGGCCACCGUCAUCAUUCAUCAUCAGGAAAGCCGGUGUCGCGCUCGGCACCACGCCGGUGAGCUCAGUUUGCCAGCCAGCCCGGUCUCGUCGUACUUCAUUCAACCGACAAAUUUAAUUUCAUGAUCACUGAAUCUUUCUACCACGCUCGCGCGAUGCUGAGCUCACAUUCCGCCUAGUAGCUGUCCAGUAGCGGCACUGAGAGAAAAAGUACGGACAGUGAUGCGUGAAAUCUCGUUGGAAUCCGCUUCGAAGGAUUAUGACGCGUGAACGAAAGCGUGCCGGAAUGCCGAUCCAGCUGGAAGUUUAUUGCUGACUGGAAUUGACCUAACUAGACUCAGGGGUGUGCUUGCCCGUGUGGAAGCCGGGGAAAAUCUCGGUGAAAACGUUUGUUGGCUGGGGUAGUGAGGCUCACGUGUUUUCAAACGCUUUCAGGUGCUCUUUGAUCAUGAUUGGUGGACCUGAAAAGUGAAUUAAGCCUGGGUCGAUCAAUAAACUAGAAUUUAGACAAAGGUAUCCUGAAAUACACAAGCGUUGAAUGUGAUAAGAAAGACCGUUGCUGUAGGUGAACUGGAAAACUGCCACAGAACAACAGCCGGAGGUUCAAAUGAAGCCUAUGUAAACAUGUCCCUGGAAAAUCCCUCGCCGGUGCGGUCUCCCAUCACCAGCGGGUCAACAAAUGCGAUGACAACAACAUUGGCUACACGGAACGACAUCGUUACAGCUGGGCGAAUGACGAACAGGAGGGUUUUGGGUCGCUUUUGAUGAAGAAACUUGAGUCAACAUAACAGUGUAAACAAGUGCCGGAAUCUUAAUUGAAUAACAGGAGAAAAAACACUAGGAAUUGUGCACCGGAGGCGAGGGAAAGCACCGGCGAAAUUUAAUUUUAUUACGGUCUCCAAAUUGGGCGUUGAUGCUGCGUGGACAAGUAAAGGGAUUGGUGUGGAAAGAGAAGGAGCCGGAGCGUUGGUAACUGCCACAGGAAAACAUCGUUUAGGUGCAAAUUAGUUUGCACGAAGGCCGAAAAUAUGGUCACCCUGGAAAAACAUAUCAGCUGCUUUGCGGUUGUUCUGCUGAGUCACCUGCUGCUGAUGCUAAUAAAAUGCGCGAACGGAAUUGAUUGCUUCAAAUGUGUGUCAAUGAACGGGGCGAACAAAGCGUGUGACGAUCCGUUCCACAACAACUACUCGACGGCCAUACUGGAGUCGCCGUGCAUGGGUGGCCGCAAGGGCAGGGACGGGCUGUUUCCGGCCACAUCGUGCAUCAAAAUUGCCGGUUACUAUGAUGAUACCGGCGAAACAAUCACCGUGCGGGGCUGUGCUCUGGAUAGUGGAACGCUAACCACCGAUACGGAAAUCAUUCGUAUGUCCCACUGUGGACGAUUCUUUUACGAUGAUAGAUACGUCCAUGGGUGCCUGCAGAGCUGCAACGAUGCCGAUGCAUGCAACCACAGCCCGAGAGCAGCAGGCUAUCCCCAACGGGUUGGCGCACUCCAGCUGGCAACAGCAGCAGCAAGCCUGGCAAUGGGCUACUACAUUCUGCUCAACCGACGGCAGCAUCUGGUCGGUGUCGGUAGCUAACAAAGUAGGACCUAGCCACUCCAUCAUCACUACCGUGCGAAUAAUUUAUGAAAACAGUGAAACGUCGUAGCGUUUAGUUAGAUUUACCAGCCGACGGCCAUCUGCUUUACGAUGAUAAUACUAAUAACACUUAAUUGAAGUCCCAUCCCGCAUCCCUCAGAAGAGCGUGACACGUUCUGCACAUUUUGUAUGGUUACUAGCGAGUAAGCAAUUCACAAUGCCUGGCAUCUGCGUGUCCACUGAACCUCAUCCCAUGAUUUGUAGAAGGAAACUUACACACCAGCUUAUAUGGCUUCAAGGAAGUUACUCUUUGUCGGUGGUGUAGAAGGUAGAUGGCGAGAUGGGCAACAAAUGCUCAAACGCUCUCAUCCCCGCGACCAACCAUGAUACACAGCUAGAAUCACUAGUUAGGAAAUAAGAGCAAGCAAAAGCCAGCGUUUUCCAGCAUCAUCCUACGGAAUUAUUAAUGGAACCAGACAUAAAAUCAAAAUGUAGUAUUUUGUAUCGACACUUCCAAUUGAGAUAUUGUUGUAGCAAUCACACAAACACAGAUACACACACAUUCACAAAUUAGGAAUUAAAUGAACAAGGUGUAAAUGAUUUGAGAAAAGUACAGAACAACGGGUGAUCAAUAGAAAAUUAAGAGCAUCAAUGGUUUGCCAGUCAUCUGGGUGGGGAUCAAGGCUAUGGAAUAUCAUUGACCUGCAUUAUGUCCAAUCUGAAGCAUUGAGACAACAGGCUCUUAAAUGCCAAUGCAUAGCUUUGCAUUAUUUCAUUGAAUUCGAAAUGCUUGCUAUAGAUAAGCGAACUAGUUCGAAAUUAGUACAUAAUCAUAAAUAGGGACUAGGGGUAACAUGAAAGGAAAAUAUCACAAAAUUAACCAUUUUAUCGCUCACUGGUUAUAUGGCAUCAACCAAUUAACCACGCGCCUCCAUCUUUUCCUAUUGCCAAUUGGAUGAACAUGAUGGCGCCCUUGGUAUGGGAAAGCAGCGUUGUUGGGGUAAAAUGGUUCAUACGAAUUCCUCUCUGUAACCGUUUUGCAGAAAACAUAAGGCUAUUGUUUCCCAAUUUCCUAUCUUCUCUAAAACUUGGAGCUAAGCUUAAAAUUCGGCACCAACAUUUCAAAAGGGCGUAACUGCUUUUGCAACCAAUGCCUUCUCACAGAGCUGUAUUUCAUUCAUCUCACGCAAUUCACAUCCAUUAAUCGAAAGAGGAGGGUUUUAUUUUUCUAUUUGUGCUAGUGGAUUGCUCGAGAGGGAUGGGAUACGCUCCACAGCUUUGUGAGAAGGCAUUGGUUGUAAAUGCAGUUACGCCCUUUUGAAAUGUUUGUGCCGAAUUAAACUAUUCAAAAAACGGGUUCUGCUAUUACUAUUGCGAAUACUCCAUUUCGCGUCACUUUUACCAGUGUUGAUAGUGUCACAGCUUGACCGUCAUCAACUAUGUUAAUCCUGUUCCUUGAUAAUGUUAAUUGGAUAAGACGUACACUGGCCUAGUCUUGUGCCACGCACCGGGGACAACUGCACAAAACUUCUGCAUAUCGUUCAAAUUCGUGCUUUCAUGCCAUUCACUAUAUUGGCUGUCUAACUUGUGUUGUUUCAUUUUGUUAAACGGUGUGAAACGAUUCGGCAGGGGACUAGUUUUCCAGAGUGUUUAGGCAUGGCGUUCAACGGAAUCAGGAAUGUGAUGAUUGUUUCACUGAGACCCAACUUUCUUGAUAGUUCACUUAAAGUUAGCGGCGACCCUUUCUCCAAGUUCGUUGGACUGUGAUUUCGAGAAGGCAUCGACUAAGACAAAGUAACAUGAAUCGUCAACAGGCCCUGCCUAGUUGAUAGGAAGCUGUUACCAGGGUUUUUGAAAAAAAGAUUAAUUAACAGUCCUGUAAUCUAUUGGCGGUAUACACGGAACUCGAAUGUAGCAAACAGUGGUUUCGGUCUGAUUUCUGUUUUGAGCGAGAAAUGCCAGCCACACAGCAUCCAAUGGAAUGAUGUGACGGAGAAUAUUUAGGCAAUGCCCUCUUUUUCUUUCUGUUUUAGUUUCCUUUGGCCGGAGUAAGGCUUCUGAAUACAUGACUGUUUGAUUUGACGGUGUCGAUACCGAUCAGCAAGGCGUCUGCAGUCAUACAUAUCUAUUGCUUCAGAUUGUAGUGCGUCAGCAUUGGUGGGGACAUCUAUCCCGGGUAGAGGAAAAGAGCUAAACAAUAGCAUAUUUUGAUAUGGAGAUCAAAAACUGAUAUUGGUUUGAUUGAUAUAAGAGAUAAAAGAUCUAAAAAUAAUAUCACAAAUUUACUCCUGGAACAUCAUUAUCAUAUCAUAUUUAGAUUUUGUAAGAUCUAACUAAUAGCAGCAAGCUAUACGUUUGAUCUUGAAAUAUCAAAUUUUGAUAUUGUUCAGAUGUUCCAGGAACAUUUUUUAGAUAUUAUUUUCAGAUCUUUUAUCUCUUAUAUCAAUCAAACCAAUAUCACGUUUUGAUCGUCAGUAUUUCACCUUUACCCGGGAUGAAGUAUAUGUCGCGUUCACUGCUCCUAAAUACGAUCGAAAAGACGGAAGGUCGUGUGGUAGUGGCCUGUAGGCAAUGGCAGCGACCCUGUCGGGGUAGGUCGAACACCAUUACCAUCCAAGAUCUGUCUGAGACUAUUGACCUGUUCCACGUUGAAGCUGCAUUUUUCUAUUCUCGCAGUGGUUUAAAUGCCGAUGUCCCAAAAUCUUCGAGAAAAUAUAUUCAGAGAUAACGGCAGCGGAUAUUGGUUGGACCUAGAGUUGGACUCGAGGACGUCGUUCUAACCCAUUGAAAAAUUGGUGCGGAUCCGUAGGUUGAUAUCGGACGAUUUGAUCUGCUUCGUGAUCAGCCGCAUCAGAAUAUUGGAACGGAAUCCUUCGACAACUCGGACAUAGAUGAGUCACGAUCAUUCGGCAAGCUUGAAAUCCACAAUGGCGCAGUUUACUUUGCACGCUUCAAUGUCCUCCGUAUGAAGAACAUUGAUGGUUUGCAUAGAUUACAACCACUGCGCCGUUUGAAAGUGGCGACAGAUGGUCCGAAAAUCGACUUCAAGUUCUCGACCAUUUCGCUGAACGCUGAACUCGUUGGAUUGCUUCAGAAGUAAAAAGAAUCGGGCCCACCAAGAAUCCAACGUGCAUCUCUCAUCAGGCACAUAGCGAAAUUCGUUGAUGUAGCGUGUUCAGUGCAAUUUCUUCAUGAGACAGGUCCUUCAGGCUAUGCUGAGUUGGUGACAUCUGCUGGCACAGCUACGGGUGAUCACUCUCUGUUGUUAAGUGAGAAUCUACCUCAGGACUUGCUGGAAUGAAAUGGCAUCUCCGUAAUGUUCCUUCGCGAGCAGUGCUAACCUCCAAUUCGGUUGACCAUCUCGACGACGAGAUACACCCUUCUUCACAUUCGCAACACACAGAUUCGGUCGCUUAUCAACUUCCACCGUAUAACUCGCUACAUCUGCUACAUGAGCCCAACUCCAAGUUCUGUCAAAUCGCCUGUAGUACUUGAAUGAUAUGCUGGUGACAGGAUCCACUGAUCGGAAUUCACGUUCUGCAGUUUUGCGGAAGUCGAUUUCCUUGAUGGCUGUUAAAUACAUUCACGAUGUAAUUUACGAGCCAGGAGUUAAAUAUGUUCGGGCUCAAAAGUCUAACGUUUCUACAUCCGACUUUCCCAUCAUUGUUCUAGGUUAGCACCUGCUACCCUCCUGUUUCGAGAACGUCCUUAAACCUGCGUUACCUUACCGGCCAGACUAAGAUCUGAGUGUUCUCUACUGUACGUAUAGGAGUCGUCGCCAUGCUACUCGGUUCAUGGCUAUGCGUCUCCAGUUCCGCAUUCUGUGAAGGGUCCACAAAUCAUCCUCCACUUGAUCGACCCACCUAGCUCGCUGCACACCGCUUCUUCUUGUACCGGUCGGAUGGCUCUCGGAAACCAUUUUUAUCGGGUUUCUAUCCAACAUCCUGAUGACGUGACCCGUCCACCGUAGCCUCCCGAUUUUCGCGGUGUGGACGAUGGUUGGUUCUAGUAAUUCUACAUUAUAGAGAUCUGCGGAGGCGGCCAUUGUAAGCCAAUCGUGCAGAAAGAACUGUCAAAGUGUGAGCCAAAUGAACAGGCUGAUCGUUCGUAAGAAGGCGUCGAUUGAACGGUAUUGCAAUCCGAACUAAAUAAAUUAAAAUUAUUUAUUUUUAAUAUCGAGAAAUUGACGGUAUAUGUAAGUUUAGUAAAAAGAUAGAAUUUAAUUAAUUCUGCUUUCAAAAGCUCAAGCUUAUAACGAAACUUUUGUUGCUGCACUUCUCGAAAAAACUUUCAUUGCUGCUUCUUGCUUUAGUUCUGCCGAUAUGUUUAGCUUAACACUUUGCAAUAAAUUUCAGAUUUCAUCGAUUGCUCCGCUAUUUUUUUCAAAAUUUUGAAAAAAAAAAAUUCUACCAUAAUUAGAAAAUGUAAACAAAACAACUUGAACCACUACGAAGUCACGCACAAAGUUUGAACAUCUAGCUUUGCAGCAAGUGUUGGCAGCUGAUGCAAACAAAAUGAACAGCGUUGCCGAAUCGACAUAUGUAACUUCCGCUUAUCUCUAUGUAGAGGAUUUCUAGUUGGUUCUCUCAGCAGCUGAUGCAGAUAGUGGUUCAUUCGCCUUCUCCAAGUCCCGUCUUCCAUCUGCACUCCGCCGUAAAUGGUACGCAACACUUUCUGUUCGAAAACUCCAAAAGCGUGUUGGUCCUCUGCACGUAGAUUCCAUGCUUCGUGCCCAUAGAGGACUACCGGUCUACACACUAAGAUGCUGAUUUUCCAGCUCAGUAAAAUUUUCGCUGAGUUCUGUAAUUUUUUCAUCUUUUUACUGAGUUUUCAACAGCAGAUUUAACUCGGUACACUCGGUAAUCAAUAUUUACCGUUCAUCUGUAAUUUUUGACAGUUCAUUUGCAGAACUCGUUAACUUAUUUACAGAGUAUUCAUCAAAAGGGAUAACCGAGCGUACCGAGUUAAAUCUGCUGUUGAGAACUCAGUAAAAAGAUGGGGAAAAUACCGAGCUGAUCUUAGUGUGUAAUCAGCGUUUUGUAGGUAGUGUGGCGGCGAACUUUGUUCGAUCGUAGAGUUCUGCGAAGUCCCAAGUAAGCUUGAUUUCCUGCCACAAUGCCUCUCUGAAUUUCUCUGCUAGUGUCAUUGUCGGCGAUCACCAGUGAGCCCAAGUACACGAAUGUAUGUUGUCUACGACACAUUAAUGACUUAUCCGAUUCGCCUGACUUCACUCUUUAGUCGGAUGUACGUUUCCGCCAUCGUCUCAAAUUUGCGAGCUGUAAUAUUAAUAUCAUCAGCGAAACCAAGUAGUUGAACGGACUUCGUGAAAAUCGUACCACACCCUUAUUACACCCUCCAAAGCAAUGUUAACCAGCAAACACUUUGCCGUAACCCUCUGCGAGAUUGUCCCUGAUACUCGAGCUACGCACAUCACUCGAUUAAUCGUAUCAGUUUAUUCCGGAAUCCUUAUUCGUGCAUAAUCUGCCAUAGCUGGUCUCGAUCGAUUGUAUUAUACGCCGGUUUAAAAUCGAUGGACAAGUGAUGUGUGGGCAUGGGCACGUUGUAUUCGCGGCAUUUCUGUAACACCUGGCGGAUGGUGAAUAUCUCGUCCGUUGUAUCGCGUUCACCCAUGAAUCCAGCCUGAUAUUGCUCCACGAACUCUCUUGCAAUCGAUGCUAGACGGCGGCAUAAAAAUUGAGGGAGUAUUUUAUAGGCAGUGCCAAGGUGCUCUUCCGUUGGUAGAGCCACUGCUUACCAGCCACUGAUUCCGAGAAGAAUUUACUGUCGAUUUGAAAGUCCUACACUCGCUAAAUCACACUCUCUUGGUCAGCCCGCCUUGUUCGUUGUGCUCCUCCUUACUAUCCGGCAUUAUUGCAAUGUGUCCUGCCCACCGUAUCCUUCCGGUCAUGGUCAUCAUCUGAAUGUUGCGUUCGUCCUAGAGAGCAGCAAGCUCGUUAUUCAUCAUUCGCCACAACGCACAUUGCACACCGCCAAUGGUCGUGCUUACUCCGCAAAAUAUGGAGACAUGGAAGUUAUGCCUUGUAGGGUCUUGUAUCAUUUGAGCAGGUGUACCUAUGUUGGGCACUUGCCGCUGUAACUAAGUCAAUAUAAAACAGAUCGAUUUGAGUUUUUGUAUAGGGUUAGAUGCGUACGUGCCCACAAAAAUCAAUCAGUUUGAAAUUGACUUAGUUAUAGGGGCAAAUGCCCAAAAUAGGUACACCUGCCUAAAUGGUACAAUACCCUACUAGGCAUAACUUCCAUGUCUUCAUAUUUUGCGGCUCACUUUAGUGAAUCACGUGCUCUCAGUUUGAUCGUGUAUUUGACUAUGGUCAGUGUUUAGUCAGAUGUAAGUCUAUCUAAAUCAAGGCCUCCUGAUUGGUAGAAGCUCAGUAUCCGACUCAUGUACAAGUAUUCGUACUUCAUACUACAUCCAUAUCCAUCAGCCGUUAACAAACAACCGAGGUCGACGAAUUUCUCGACCACCUCGAAAAUAUCCCCGUCAGUCGGGGGAAUAGGAUUAUUGAUAUCAAGGCUUGUCCUGUCUCGUUCAGUUCAACCUACCAAUAUGUAAUCUGAUUUUGACGCAUUUAUUCGACAUUGGUUGCUUCGCGUUUCAGGCUAGGUGUACAGCCCUGCUUCCCUUCCAAAUGUUCUCCUCUCUCCUCUUCUUGGCGUAACGUUCUCACUGGGACAAAGCCUGCUUCUCAGCUUAGUGUUCAAUGAGCACUUCCACAGUUAUUAACUGAGAGCUUCCUCUGCCAAUGACCAUUUUGCAUGUGUAUAUCGUGUGGCAGGCACGAAGAUACUCUAUGCCCAAGGAAGUCAAGGAAAUUUCCUUUACGAAAAGAUCCUGGACCGACCGGGAAUCGAACCCGUCACCCUCAGCAUGGUCAUGCUGAAUACCCGUGCGUUUACCGCCUCGGCUAUAUGGGCCCCAAAUGUUCUAUCCCGAUUAAAUAUCUGUUUGUGUUGUUAGCGGAACAACCAAGCUGACUGGAUCUGUUGAAAAUCGAACCCUAUUAUGAUUGACUCUCCGCAAAGCAUUCUCUGGCGCAAUGUAUCUGGUUAGUCAUUUUUAUAUAAUUGACCUGAGGGUGCAAGUAGUAGAAACUUGUGGAGACUCAUCGUUCGGAUUAUUUUCGCCACAGUAUAUUGUCACUAAGGGCGCAGCGAAAAAUUGUAGUAUCGUGGGGGUUUGCUUUACCAAAUCUGCCGUAUGCUCCAAUGGACAGUAUGGGACAGUAUGGGACAAAUCUCAAAUCCUCGCUCCAGUCGACUAUUUUGAUUCCAUUUAGGUACCAUAUGAACUGUAGAAAAUUUCAGCGCAAUCGGUGAAACUAUAAUUUAGCGCAAGCAGUUCAAAGUUUUCAUAGGAUUUAUUAUGGGAAAAGUUACACUUUCAAACAAAAAAUCCCAGAGGUCGCCCCUCGUCUCCUUAAUUCAAAUCGAUCAACGCUUCUUGUAGAAAAAUCAUUUAUGAGACUUUCCUUCGAAGACCGCAAAACAAUUGGAUGCUUGUGGAAAAAGUUAUUGUUUUAUUACCGAUUAGUGAUCCAACGAACGGAUUUUUGUUUUGUUUUAUUAGCAGCACUGUAGCUGCUACCUUGGCUACUGCUGUUUCUGGGGGUGAUGAUGCCUCCCGCCACCCCAUGCAACAACGGCAGCAGCAGUGCUGCUGAUAAAACAAAAUAAAAAGCCGUUCGUUGGAUCACUAAUCGGUAAUAAAUCAAUUACUUUUUCCACAAGCAUCCAAUCGUUUUGCGGUCAUCGAAUGAAAGUUUCAUAAAUUAUUUUUCUACAAGAAGCGUUGAUCGAUUUGAAUUAAGGAGACAAGGGGUGACAUCUGGAAUUUUUUUUUUUGAAAUUGUAACUUUUCCCAUAGUAAAUCCUAUGAAAACUUUGAACCGCUUGCGCUAAAUUAUAGUUUCACCGAUUGCGCUGAAAUUUUCUACAGUUCAUAUGGGACCUAAAUGAGAUCUAAAAAGUCGACUGGAGCGAGGAUUUAUGUUUUUCAUACAACCGUGUCCCAUACUAAUGCUCCAUGUUGGGACAACUAUGCUGCACACAACAGAAAUCCAUACUUUACAUUUGAGUCCAUCGGUUGGAAUAAUCAGUGCCAUAAAGAGAAGGGAAAAACAAAGCUGUUAGAAUUAAUAAUUUUUCAAAUUAGUGCCAUUACACAGACUUUGAAAGCAGAGAGCUGUGCUGGCGUUGGGAUAUGGGGUGCACCAAAGUUGCAGAACAAAAAAAAAACGACUCAACCGAGCCCAACCAAGUUACCCGACACGCUCGAUUAGGUAUUCAUGAUGCUGUUAUAGGGUGGAUGAAAAACUUUUUCCGUUAAUUUCUUGGAAGAUAGGGAUUUACUUUGGGUAUAGCUCCCAUCCCGACCCCACCACCCACUGACUGCAGGGUGUAGUAGUUGAUUUAUUAUCUCUGCGCCAGUUAUACUAACGAUUUUAGUGAACUUACUGCCGCAUGAUAAAAUCUAUGGUCAUUCAGAACUUUGGUAGGAUGAAAUCUCUUCUUCUUCAUUUCACCGAUAUUUAUUCCAAUUGGGACAGAGCCAGCUUUUCAGCUUAUGUUCUGUGAGCGCUUCUACAGUUCUUAACUGAGAUCUUUCUUUGACCAUUGUUGCAUUUUCUGUGUACAUACAUAUAGUGUGAUAGGCACGAAGUAAACUUUCAUUACACUAGUUUACAAAAUAAAAUGAAAGUCGUGAACUUCUGUCAACGACCAGAAUUUUUGAAGCACAAUUUAGCGCUGAUUUCGAAACCGACCUUCAAAAUUUUUUAAGUAGAACAGUUUUCCAGUUUUAUCUCAAUAUCGAGUUUAACAAUUUUUUAAAGUAUGAAAUUUACUAAAAUCCAAAUAUGCGUUUUGUUUUACCAAUUUCAUAAUAAAAUACAAAAUGCGUUUUGUUCCACCAAUUUCAAAUAAUUUUCCGGAAAUUAAAAGCUGAAUAUAAUACGAUUCGAUCAUCUGAAUCCAGGUUUUGCGUCAGAUUGAUGAAAUUCAAGAUAUUGGAGAGUUUUUGGGACAAUCUCCUUAAAUUUUAGCAAAAUUUCCAAAAAUAUUUGAAGAAAUGUAUUUUUUUUUUCAAUAAAAAGAAGCAAUCUAAAAAUUCUUUCUCAACGUUUAUUUGACAUUUCAUAUGUAGGCGAGUUACAGUAAAAAAUUCAGCUCAAUCGGAGCAUUUAUUACGGAGAAUGAGAUAUGUGAAGUUAGCGACUUUGCUUAAAACCAGAACAAAAAUCGAGUUCAAAUCAUCAUCCUUGUAUGGAAAGUCGAAAAAAUUUCCGCUCUACUGUUAUUUUUUUCCUUCACGUUUUUGAACUCAGGGCAUGAUCUACACCAAAAAUGAUCAUCAGCUUACCGAGUUAAAAAAUGCUGUAAACUAGUGUUAUCAAAAGGUUCUUAAACAUACCGGGACAUUUUAGCAUAAGUCUGAUUUUGUUUUGUAGCUACAUGCAAUUUUAGAGUUCGAAAAGAAGAUUUGAUUUCCUCGAUAGAUACAGCUCUAACAGAUCGUUGGUUCAAAAAACCAGCUACGCCCUUUCGAAUUGUUGAUGCCGAUAUAUCAAAAAAAAAUGUCUGAUCCCCGUCCAAGUUUAUUACC